AAAAACUUGGAUACUUCUACUAGUGGAAUGGUGUCAACGGGUAGCAAUGAAUACGAAAAUGUUAGAGAUAAAUUAGAUUCAAUUAGAACAGUAGUCGAUAGUGCAACACAAACAUUGACAAUUCUCAUGAAGCCUAAGUUUACAUAUUUGACAACAUCGAAAAUGAUUAAUUGUGCAAAUUCGACUAACAAUUGGAUAAUGUAUGAUACAUACUGUACUAAAUUUGUGAAUGAAUCGAGCCAGUUACUUGAUAACAAAAUAUCAAAUGAAAUAUUUGAUUCGUCAGAAGUAGAAGCUAGUCGUUUGAAAUUUAUGAAACUGAGUAGUGACUUAAGAAUGAAAGCAGAUAAAAUGACUUGUUUGUACGAAAAUGUAAGAUUUGCUGGUGCAGUGAGAGAGAUGGAACAAAUAAUAUGUUUGAAUUUGAAUGCUCAGAAAUGUUUCAGAGGCCUGACAAAAUCUAAUAAAUACGAUUUAGAGUCAAAUAUUAAUUACCGUUUACAAUAUCUGUGGAGUUUUAUUUAUAUUGAUUUAAAAAAAAGAAGAAUAAAUAGUGUUUGUUGGAAUGGAAAAAAUUCCAAUCUUCUGGCAGUCAGUUAUGAAGGAGAAUUGAACGAAUGUAGUAGAAAUAUUUUAAUUUGGAACAUGAAACAUCAUUCUCAACCUGAACGAUUAUAUAGACUGAAUUUUGCAAUCUCAGAUAUUAAUUGGAGUACUAAGAAACCGAAUCAAUUAGUUAUUGGAUGCUAUAAUGGAAUAGUUAAAAUUAUUGAUGUGAGUAAUAGACACUUGGCAAUAUUAUGCGUUAUUACUCAAAAAUCUGUAUAUAAAUAUUUACGUAUCUGGAAUGUUAAAUGUUGGUGUGAUGAUGAUCAUGAGUAUAUUUUAACGAGCAAUGAAGAUGGGAAAAUUUUCUGCAGUAAAACGAAGGACGAUGAUGGUAUGACAGAGAAAAUAAAAGUAUCAAGAACUGAUAAUAAUAAUUGGAAGCAGAAGAAAAACCAAAUUAAUAGUUUCGAAUCACGGUAAAGCCUGUUUAUUAUUUGGUGAAGUUGAUAAUGUAAAGUAAUUGUUGAUAAAUAGCAAAAAAGAUGGAAGUCGAAGAAAAGAAACGCA